AGGCCGAACGUAACAUGACGACGUUAACGUACCGAUCGAUUGUGCUGUAGAAAAUUGAAUAGGGGAAAUCGCUUGAAUAUAAACCACAAGCUGACACAAUCAUUGACGAAAUUGUCUAAAGCAAACGAACGCUGAUUUGAUUAACAAAACUUCUUGUAUUUCUUUAAUAUUUAGUUGUCCUUUUAAAUAUGUAUGUAUAUGUACUAUUUCAUAUUAUUCCUUUUGCUAUUUCAAUAUAGAAUUGAAACAUAGAAUUGAAUUGACAGGAGUCAAGUUUUGAAAACAAAAGUGUUUUCAUUACAAAGUAAACGAAAGUGAAAAGAAAUUUGCCGAUAAGCAAGCUACGAUAGAUAAAAAUUCGAUAAAAAAUAUCUUUACAAGCAAUCUUGUUUAUAACAAUGAUUUUGAUCGGUAUAAAAGUCCUCUUUUUGCCACCAUUCGUAUCAGUCAACGUUCGUAUAUUCAGACAGAACCAAGCUUCCUUAGAAUGGCGGCAAGCUACCAAUUGAUAAUUGUGUUCACGAUCAGUGUGAUCGGUGUGUACGGUUUUUAUCCUGGUGAGAAGCCGAUACUUCCGAUACCAACAAAAUGUCCGAAAGUAGAUACAUUAGAAUAUACCGUACACAUUGCUCAUGAGACUAAUUGUUCGAAAUUUUAUAAAUGUUUUAACGGGGAAAAAUACGAAAUGGAUUGUCCAAAAUAUCAGAAGGGUCUACUUCAUUUCAAUAAACUUUUGCAAGUUUGCGAUUAUCCUAAAUCUGCUGGAUGUCAAACUAACAAGGGACGUGACGAUGAAGGAUUAGCAAUGAAGAAUAUCAAUGAUGUCAUCUAUGAUGCAGGGGAAUAUGCCGAUAACGUAGAGGUCAAUUUGAUGUGCCCAAAAGGUGCCAAUGGUAGAAGAUGUACUUGCCAAUGUUCUUGCAGUAGUAAUUAUGUAUGUCAAAAUGGAAAGCUUAUGUCACUUAAGAUGCCUUAAGAAAUGUCUUCAAAUCUAUUAAAAUAUUUUAAUCUCUUAACGAAGAAACAUGUGCAAUAAAAAUUGUA